CGAAAGGAUCCCCGAAUCCUUCCCUUCUAUCACUUACCCCACAGGAAGCAACUUUCAUCGAGGCUAAGAGCCUUGUGCAUCUCGCCGCUUGUCCGUUUUGGGCGGUUUGCUGACUUCGGACUUCAUUUUUACCCGUCACCUCUCGCGACAAACGCCACGGUUGGGCGCCAGCAAAUCCUCAGUAUGCGCAAGUCACUGAGCAUUAUGAAUCAACAGAAUAGGCGUUUCAAUUGCUAUAAGGUCAGAGCGAUGGUGCUCUCGCUUGGAUAUAAAAUGUUUGUGUUCGACCUCACAUUGUUGAGCAGAAAUCACUACACAGCUUCAUCCAAAACAUUACUUUUCUGCUACUUCAAUAGCUUCGUACCACACAAACCAUAUAUAAGAAACAGUCAAGAUGACCACCUAUCUCAUCACUCAAGCAACUGGCCAGCAGAGCCGCUCGGUCAUCUCCCAUCUUCUCCAAGCGGGUGCCAAGAUCCACGCGGUGGUUCGCGACCUCCAGAAAGUCCAACCCAGCCUUCAACAUCCCAGCAUCACCCUCUUCCAAGGAGAAAGCAAGAACUUGGAAGAUAUUCUUCAAGCAGCCCAAGGCUGUAGGGGAGCUUUCCUCAAUACGUUCCCAUACCCAGGUCUGGAGGCCUUGCAGGCCAAGACCAUCGUCGAAGCCUGCCAGAAAGCCGGCAUCGAAACUGUUGUCGCAGCUACGACCCACGGCACGGGGGACAAGGCCUUCUGGGAUGACGAUAUCAUCAAGGAAAUCCAGCUACACCAGUACUUCUCCUCCAAGGCUGAAGUCGAGGAAAUCGUCCGGACCGGGGGGUUCAAAUCGUACACCAUUCUCCGCCCCGCUGUCCUCCAUUUCGACUUCUUCGUGCCGGGUGCUUACGGCAACUACCCUCGGCUCCCUACUCAUGGAGAAAUCGACGACAUUCUUCUCAACGGUGCUCGCGUGCCUUACACGGACGCCAACGACGUUGGCAAGUAUGCCGCAGCAGCCCUGCAGAACCCUACAAAGUUCAAUGGCCAAGAGAUCAACAUGGGGAAUGAACUUUACACCAUGGAGGAAGUGCGCGACAUUCUCGUCAAGGUGAGCGGCAGAAAGGUGGGAGUAACCAAGCGAACUCCCGAGGAGCUGGAAAAACUGGGCAUCAGCGUGUUUGGCCAAAAGUUCCAUCUCAUGUCCAAUGUGAAGGAUCUCAGCUGGACUACCCAGUCUUCAAAGGAUGUCGGGGAGAAGUUUGGCAUGCCUCUGGGGUCUAUUGAGGAGGCGUUGCAGAGAGAUAAGGCUCAGCUUCUGGAGUGCUUGCCUGAAAAUUAGCCUCAUGGAAAGACGCAAUACGAAUUUUGUAGUUUUGGGAGUAGUAGCAGUAUUUUAGGUCAUUGAGCGUGUUUGAGAACU